UUUUUUUUUUUGAUAAUGAUGAUUAGUGAACCUUCAUUUAUUCCAUAUUCUUCAUAUACGCCAGAUGUUCGUGGUGUCCAUCCUUUAUCAUCAUCACCAGCCUCUUCUGCUUUUUUUAAUACACCUUCCUUCAAUUCACCUCCUCUCAAUGGUAUGCUAACUGAAGAAGUCACUACUAUAUUUGUGGUUGGGUUUCCUGAAGAUAUGCAAGAACGAGAAUUCCAAAAUAUGUUCAUGUUCUCACCUGGAUUUGAAGCUGCUUCUCUUAAAUGGCAUUGUAAGGAUCAAGAUGAUGACUCAGCUACUAGUUCUUUGAAUACUCCUCUCAAUGGCAAGAAACAAAUGAUUGGUUUUGCAAGGUUUCGUUCUCGUUUGGAAGCUUUGGAAGCUGUUGAUGUUAUUAGUGGCAAAAAAGUGGAUCAAGAUAAAGGACUUAUCCUCAAAGCAGAAAUGGCAAAGAAAAAUCUUCAUAUCAAGAGAGGUUCUAUUGUACCUGGUACUACUGAUACUACUCCAUCUUCUUCUUCUUCUCCUUUGGAAUCUUUACCUUCUUCAACAACUAUGAAUUUUGGAAAUAACAACAACAACAAUAAUAACAUCAAUAUCAUCAACAACCAUAGUAAGAACUUGAUGUUGGGACACCAUGAACCUUUUAGUUUUUCACCAUUACCUAGCGAUUUAUUAUCACCCGUGGUUGAUUACAAAUCCGAUCCAUUCGCAUUGGCUGCGGAACAUCAACCAUCACAAACUAUGACUCCUUCUACACCUGUAUUUAACGACAAUCUAUUUGGAUUCAGAACUUAUUCAAUUGAUGGUAGAAUCAACAAUACUUUGGGAACAGCACCACGAACCAGUAUUUCUUCUAAUACCAGUUUUACUCAUCGUUUAUCCAUCAAACAACCUCAACAUCCUAUACCUGAAGAUAUCUCUUUGGAUCCUUUCAAUUAUCUGUCUAAAUCAUCCCCUGUCCCUGUUGAUCGUAUUGGUUCUUAUUUCUCGGAAGAUACUUCUUUUGGUUCGAACAACAAUGGAUUCCGUACAGAUUUUUCUACUAUCACCACACCUGCCCAACGAUCCAAUAGUUUGAUGAUGACUUCACCUCCUCAACGACCUACACCUAUGUCCAUCAACAAUAGUUCCAAUGGUAGUAGUACCACUGCAACAACAACAACAACAACAACAAGUACUAGUACACAAUCAACCAAUAAUAAUAAUAAUAAUAGUAAUUUUCUAAACAAUAUGAUGAUGAUGGCUACACCCAAUUUGGCUGAUCAAAACCCUCCUUGUAAUACUUUAUAUGUUGGCAACUUACCACCAAAUACUAAUGAAGAUGAAUUACGUCAAUUAUUCUCCAAAUGUGCUGGUUACAAACGUAUGUAUUUCCGUACCAAACCUCAAGGUCCAAUGUGUUUUGUGGAAUUCGAUGAUGUGAUGUGUGCUACUCAAAUUAUGACUGAACUUCAAGGUCAUACUUUAUCCAAUUCUAUCAAGGGUGGUAUCCGAUUAUCAUUUAGCAAGAAUCCUUUGUUUACCAAACCAAACAAGAAUGACCAACCUCAACGUACCAUGAUGUCUUCCACUCGUGAUUUUGUCUUUGACCCUCAAUUGUAGUUUUUUUUUAUAUCAUUCUCCUACCUAGUUCACGUCAACCCGCAACACACACAACUCAUAUACACACUCUCUCUCACAUAUAUAUUAUUUCAUUUAAGCAUUUCUUAUUUUUUUUUUUAUUUAUUAUCUCUUAUAUAUUUUAUCAUCAUCAUUUAUAAUGUAGUUUAUAUACAUAUCAUCCUAUUUUUAUUUCAUGUUGCGUGAUCCCUCCCUUUUUUCUUUGUCUUUUCCAUAUAUUACUUUCUAUUGCAUUAUCUAGUCUUAUUAUCAUCAAUCAUCACUAUUCCUGUUUAGAUAGAAAACAAUAAAGAAUCUCCUUAUUUACAAAUCAUCUAUUGUCUUUCUUCUGAAUUCGUUGUAUCAUCAAAAUAGAAUAAGGUUUUGAAC